AUGUACUUCUCAAUUAGUUUUUGGCAAUGCUUGCUGUCGAUAAUAACUACAGCUAGUUGCUUAUGGAGUCAGGUUAUCUUAUUGCUGAAGUUAAUCCAGUUUUUGAAUCAUCCGACCGCGUCAUCAUUUAUGUGCGACAUGGAAAGAAAAAACGGUUUCCUUUUUAACGAAAAGAACGAUACAUGGGCCGUUACUGUCGACGAGAUUUAUGGUGGAGUAACGGGAAGAGUGCGUGAGAAGUGGUGUAAAAGUUAUUUCAUUUAUGUUGCCGCAUUAUUUCAAAUGUUCAUGUUUCGAUAA